CGGAGUCACCGCUCGCCACCGACCCCGCGGACCGCACGCGGUGCAACCUUUCCGUUGGUCUCACUCUCGAGCUCGCGUUACUCAGCCGACGACGGAGCAAGCGAUUCCUCCCCGGCGGCCGGAGCGAUCGCUGCACGUACGCCUCGUCGAGCAGAACACCUAAAGAAUGGCUGACGAGGAUAUUCAACCUAUUGUGUGUGACAAUGGCACCGGAAUGGUCAAGGCAGGUUUUGCUGGUGACGAUGCACCAAGGGCUGUUUUUCCUAGCAUUGUGGGGAGACCACGCCACACUGGAGUCAUGGUUGGGAUGGGUCAGAAGGAUGCCUACGUGGGCGAUGAAGCUCAAGCAAAAAGGGGUAUCCUGACCCUAAAGUACCCAAUUGAACAUGGAAUAGUCAAUAACUGGGAUGACAUGGAAAAAAUAUGGCAUCACACCUUUUAUAAUGAGCUCCGUGUUGCACCUGAAGAUCACCCUGUAUUGCUAACUGAAGCCCCUCUCAACCCCAAGGCCAACAGAGAGAAGAUGACACAGAUCAUGUUUGAGACCUUUAAUUGCCCAGCAAUGUAUGUUGCGAUCCAGGCUGUUCUAUCAUUGUAUGCUAGCGGUCGAACAACUGGUAUUGUGCUCGACUCUGGUGAUGGUGUGAGCCACACUGUUCCAAUAUAUGAGGGAUAUACACUUCCUCAUGCUAUCCUUCGUUUGGAUCUUGCUGGCCGAGACCUCACUGACCAUCUCAUGAAGAUUCUCACAGAGAGAGGGUAUUCCCUCACAACAAGCGCUGAGCGGGAAAUUGUCAGGGACAUAAAGGAAAAGCUCGCUUAUGUUGCCCUUGAUUAUGAGCAGGAGCUGGAAACUGCUAGGAGCAGCUCCUCUGUUGAGAAAAGCUAUGAGAUGCCUGAUGGUCAGGUGAUUACCAUUGGAUCGGAAAGGUUCAGGUGCCCAGAGGUUCUGUUCCAGCCAUCUCUUGUUGGUAUGGAAUCUCCUGGUAUACACGAAGCUACAUACAACUCCAUCAUGAAGUGUGACGUAGAUAUCAGGAAGGAUCUGUAUGGCAAUGUUGUCCUAAGUGGAGGUUCUACCAUGUUUCCUGGAAUUGCCGAUCGUAUGAGCAAGGAGAUCACGUCGCUUGCUCCCAGCAGCAUGAAGGUUAAAGUGAUCGCACCACCUGAAAGGAAAUACAGUGUCUGGAUUGGUGGCUCUAUUUUGGCCUCUCUCAGCACUUUUCAGCAGAUGUGGAUCUCCAAGGGGGAGUAUGAUGAAUCCGGGCCUGGCAUUGUCCAUAUGAAGUGCUUCUGAGCUUAUUGGGAAGUUUGUAGAGCAGUACUUCUAGUUGUUGAGACAUCUAAGUUGGUAUAUGUUUACAAGGAGACAUGCUCUUGCAGAUAAACAUAUUAGUGCUUGCAUACUGUGCUUUUCGCGUUGGACAUGGUGUUCGGAGCCAUGAUCCCUCAGAAUGUUGAGUGUCUUACCCUUCAGAGAGAGAGGGCAGAGGAAAGGAACGAUACACCUGAUGACCUGAAGAUACAUAUACUUGAGCAGUCUAUGUCGUAAAAAAUCUGGUUGUUCAUUUGGAGUGGAA